UCUUCCUCCCCUCAAUCCCCCCUUUUCUCACGGCGUCGCGGCCCCCCCGAAAUAAAGCCGUCGUCGACACCUCCCCCGAGCCGCAAGCAACCCCGCGAUUCCCCCGCAUCGCCGGCGAAUCGGCGGCGGCGACGACGAGGACGACGAGGAGGCCAUAGGGUUGUGGAGGAGGGGUGGGGGACCUGUCUUCGAUGCGCGGCGCAUGGCGGCGGUGAACAGCCUCUACGUCGCCGCGGCAUCCACCGCGGCCAGCGCCGCGGCGCUGCAGUGGUGGGCGGGGUCCCUCCUCGACGGGGAUGCCGACGCGGCGGGCGGGGGAGGAGGAGGAGGAGGAGGGGACUGGCUCGGCACGGUGCUGGGCUCGCACGUGACCGUCGCGCUCCUGGCGAAUCUGGCGGCGCACGUGUUCCUCGUCCUCAUCCUCUCCCUCAAGACACUAUUUUUUGUUCAAUUAACCUCUUCUGAGACUAGAAAGGUGUUGGAACACAUCAUUAACUAUGUGCUUUACAAGGGAACUUUUCUCCCACUGGUUGUGCCUCCUAAUUCUCAACAAAUAAUCCUUUGGUCAAGUUGGUUGGGCCUUCUUUGUUCCCUGAAGAUGUUUCAAUCAUUGGCUAGAGAACGCCUUGAACAGCUCAAUGCUUCACCAUCAGCGACUCCAUCAAAAUACUUUCGUGUAUAUUCUGCACUAUUGCUGGUUCUAUCGGCUGAUGUACUAUGGAUAAAGCUUUGUGUUGGGUUCUGCAAGUCGUGUAAUUCUCAACUAUUUUGGCUUAUGUUUUUUGAGCCACUUAGUAUUGGCUUUGAGACACUGCAGUCAAUCAUGGUGCAUGGAUUUCAGUUGUUUGACAUAUGGCAACGACAUCAAAUGGACAGUGGUGUGGACUAUCUUGAUUUCCAAAAAACUUAUAAGCAAGCAGCAGGAUCUUUUUCUGAGUGGAGAGGCAGACUAGUCAGAAAUUUUGGUUUUGUCAUUGACUUGAUAAGCUUAUUGAUGUCACUUGGUCAUUACUCAAUGAUCUUCUGGCUCCGUGGUAUGGCGUUUCAUCUGGUUGACGCUGUUCUCCUAUUGAACUUGCGCGCUCUUAUAGCUUCAUUUUGGAAGCGGAUAAAAACUUAUGCCAAGUUACGAAAGGCACUUAGUUCACUCGACGGAGCACUUCCAGAUGCUACAUAUGAUGAAAUCUGUGCAUACGACGAUGAGUGUGCCAUCUGUAGGGGACCAAUGGCUCGAGCUAAAAAGUUAUCCUGCAACCAUCUAUUUCAUCUAGCUUGCUUGCGAUCAUGGUUGGACCAAGGAUUAAUGGAUGGUUACUCAUGUCCAACUUGUCGAAGACCUCUCUUUCUGUCAUCUCAAGGUCACACAAGAUCUACAGCAGAGGUAGGAAACGUCCAGUUAAUUGCAGAACAACUUAAUGCGGGGUUGAAUCAGCAGAGGGUUCCUGGUCAUGAACAUCCUAUUGAACAUCAGAAUCCUGCAGAUGCUGUUUGGAGAGGUGCUGGUCUUGAUUCUAGCUGGGCACCACCAUGGUCGAGCCCUGGGAUGGACAAUCCCAGUUCUUCCAGCGCCGUGACAUCAGUGGGGCUUAGUGGAGUUCAGAUGAUGAUGAGGCAGUUGACUUCAGUGACUGAUAAUUAUGGGCAUCCAGAUGCCACCUGGAGUCUAUGGCCUGAGCCAGUUGCAGGAUCUUCGGUUGUUCCAUCCUCUUCCUCGAGGCCUGAUGGUGCUUCAGCUGCUGGCUUGCGGUUCCGAGGCACUGCAAGACCCGCGAAUGGUAGCAUGUCGGAGGUUCUCUCCAUGGUAGAUAGAGUACGAGAAGUUUUACCCCAUAUCCCUGACGAGCUAAUUAUUGAGGAUCUGAUGAGAACAAAUAAUAUAAACGCUACUGUAAAUAAUCUUCUGCUGAUGCAAUAAAAGAUAAACCAGCAAUACAACAUAUAAGCACGAUGUUUACCGGCUAUAAGUUCAUAUAUGAAAGGAUGUAUAGUUAAGUUAAAGACGAACCUGGGUGUCCAAGCACCUCUUGGUUCUUGUAAUAAGUGUUUUUUUUAGUUUAUUUCUUCCCAAUGUACUAAAAUGCCCCGGCUUUGUAUAGUAAUCACAGCUGUAUAAUAUUAUGCUCAAUAUGGCGUAGGAUAGCAUGUGUAGAAGAUGUUAUCAUCCAAAUAAAAGUGUGUUUGUCAUCCCAAUAAAAUUAUUUGUCGAUGAGAGCCAAUGAAUAGUGAAAACGUCUAAACGUGUGCUGCUGUUCUUGUGUGCCUCCUUCAUUGGAUAUGAAACGCUGACAGCUGUUUGAUGGA